AUGGCAAAAACUAAAGUUGCCUUUUUGUGCUUAGUUUUGCUCAGCUUUUCAUAUGCCUCAAACGAUUACGGAUUUUCAGAAGAAGAGGUUUCAGCUUUUACAAACCCUUAUGUAGUCACUAGCGUUGUUUCUAACACAGGUGGCGUUACUGUUCAAGCUCAAUAUCAAGCACCAGCUGAUUUAGAGACUCCAGCUUCAGAGCAAAUCAUAACUAACCUCGCAAUCACCAUCCAAUACGAUAACCCAUAUCGUGUGCGUUUUACAAUGACUGAUGCAAACAACGCCCGCUGGCAAGUCCCUAAUGCAAUUCCAUCCUAUACUCCAUCUGGGGCAGGAAGCUUCUACUCCUUGGCUCCAAUCGUAGUUGGUCAGCCUCUCUCUAUAAAAAUCACAAGGACAACUGAUAAUAAGGUGGUAUUUUUCCUAAAUCCAUCGCAGCCUUUUGGAUACAACAAUCAAGACAUCGGCUUUGCAAAUUGGUUAGGAUACCCAAUUAAAGUUAUGGGACUAGGUGAAAGAAUUUCUUCUUUUGUCUUAGCCCAAGGCUCUUAUACCCUUUAUGCUCGUGAUAGAGGCUCUCCAAUUGACACAGGUGACACUCCAGAUUCUAACAUGUACAGCUCUCAACCAUUUUACCUCGCAGUUGAUAAUCAGUUAGCCGCUCAUGGUGGGCUAUUCUUGAACUCUAACGCAAUGACUGCCUUUGUAGGGAGCAACUUUGUAGGAUUUAGAACAACCGGUGGGAUCAUUGACUUCUUCCUAUUUAUAGGUCCUCAGCCAGCUGAUGUAAUCAAUCAAUACCACGAUUUGAUAGGCUACCCAACACUAGUCCCUUGGUGGGGUUUAGGCUGGCAUCAGUGCAGAUAUGGAUUUCAGAAUAUCUCAGUGGUUUCUAGCGUAACUACUUCAUAUACAACUUACAAUCUUCCAUUGGAUGCGAUGUGGAUUGAUAUUGACUACAUGAACCAAUAUCAAGAUUUUACUCUUGACCCAGUCAACUUCCCACAAGCCAGCUUCACCACAUGGGUCACAAACUUGAAAGCCGCAAACAAGCACUUUGUCCCUAUCGUAGAUGCUGGAAUUGCUCAGAGCGCCGGCUAUUCUGUGUACAAUUCUGGACUUAAUCCUAAUGUGUACAUCACCUCAGCUUACAAGAAUGUUCCUACCACAGGAGUAGUUUGGCCUGGAGUUUCAGUCUUUGUGGACUGGUUUAACCCUAAUGCAAAUGCUUUUUGGACAGGCCAACUGACUAAGUUCAAUACCUUGACUUCAUUUUCAGGGAUCUGGAUAGAUAUGAAUGAAGCUAGUAACUUUGUGAAUGGAGAGCCAGGCCACCCUCCUUCUCAAAUCACAAACUUAACGAUGCCUUAUACCCCUGGCCAAGAUGUGAAUGACAAUUCAAUAGAUGUGGCUUCAAUACACUAUGGAGGAAUUCUUGAGUACAACGUCCACAGUUUGUUUGGAUUCGGCGAGACAAUGGCUACUUAUCAAUACUUUAAAGGACUUAAUUUGAGGCCUUUCAUAAUUACCAGGAGCUCAUUCGUAGGAACUGGAAGAUAUGCUGGGAAAUGGACUGGUGACAACUUCUCACAGUGGAGCUUCUUACUCCCCCUCAUGAGCGAAAAAAAACGUUAGAAAAAACCCUAUUUUUGCCCAAAAACCCACCCUCCGUAAGCGAACAAAAAUUUUUUAUGGGAAAAAUUUUGAUAUAUAAGUGAUAACCAGUAUCAUGAAAUCUCGAGCUAAUUCUGUUUAAUUUUACACAAAUUGCGUUUUAAAACAUAAAUUUUACAAAUUAAAUUAAUAUUUGCUUUCCAAUUUUCGAGAAGUGGGAUUUUUUUUUAAUUCCGAAAAAAAAAAUUUUCUUUAAAAUUUAUAUUUAAAAAAAAAUUAAUUAACCACCCCCCGUGAGCGAACAAAAUUUUUUUGUUCGCUCACAGAGGGGUUGGAGUUAGCAUACUCAAUUACUGGUCUCUUCGACUUAGGAAUGUUUGGAAUUCCAUUCGCUGGAGCUGAUAUCUGUGGCUUCCAAGGCAACACCAAUGAAGAAUUGUGCUCCAGAUGGAUGCAAUUAGGAACCUUAUAUCCUUUCUCAAGAAAUCACAACGCAAAAGGUUCAGUUGAUCAGUAUCCUUGGUCAUUUGGCAGCACUCUUUUGCAGACCUCAAACAUCGCUAUUCGAACUAAAUACUCUCUAUUACUCCACUUUGCUACUGGAAUGUUCAGAGUAUCUCUUAUGGGAGGAAUGCAUUUCAGACCAGCAUUUUUCGACUAUCCCAACGAUAUCAACUUGCUUAAUAACGCUACCUCUCAUUUCAUGCUUGGUGAAGGACUUAUAGUUCAUCCUUGUCUCUGGCCAGGUGUAACUGGCUCUACAUCAUAUUUCCCAUAUGAUCUUUGGUAUGACUUCUACCAAGGAACUUACAUGCAAUUGAACUAUUACAACAGCGCUUAUUUAAAUAUGACAUUACCUGGCCCGAUCCCAAUUCAUAUUAAAGGAGGGUACAUUGUUCCUACUUUAGACAAUUCAAACACAGCUCUUGAUACUAUAUCAUUGAGGAAGUCUCCAAUUACGCUAGUAGUUGCAUUAAAUGGAGCAUUCCAAGCUGAUGGGCACGCAGUGUUUGAUGAUGGACUUUCAAUCAACAGCCUAAGUGGAAACCUAUAUACAAUGAUUAAUUAUCAUUAUCAAUAUGUCAAUGCUACAACUGAUACCUUGAUCAUUCAACCAACAAUAAGUGGGUAUACAAGAGCUAAUGGAGAAUUCCCAUAUAUUUCAAAUAUUAUUAUAUAUGGAUGCGUUGAAGGAAUAAGAAAUGUAUUUUACACCACGACUGCGUUUUCAGGCCAGCUAAACCCAGUAUUUUUGCUUUGGAAUCCUAAUACCUCAGUAUGCAAGAUUAUCCUUUCAUCUUCUAGGCAGCUUGUGCUUCCUGACAUGGCAGGGCAGCUAACCAUCAACUUUUAUCUCUAA